UCACAGGAGUGUUGCGGCACUGCAUAACGCUCUAUGGAUGGACCUCAAAAAUGAAUAUUAAAAAAAUAGAUGUAGCCUUAAAUAAAUGUUACAGAACGGCAUCCGGACUUCUAACACCAACACCGAAGGAUGCUCUCGUCGUUGAAGCUCAAUACAAAGAUUUUGAGUCUUUGCUGCUAAACAGUUCGCUAAAUUUAGCAGCUAAAUCUAUAACAACACCUUCACACGCACUACACGUCACUUUCUGGUAUCAUAUAAAUGCUUACAAGAGAAUCAUCAAAAGUAACACGUACGCUUCAAGCAUUCAACACAUUCUGAUACAUCUGACCAAUAUUAACUCUCCAAUACCAAACAAACCAACAAACAACAUUCCAACAAGCACUAACAUAACGAUAGAUACUACGAUUAGUUCACAUGAUAAAAACAAUACGUGUCCUGAUUUCUUUAAAAAAAAAUUUUUAGAGUAUAAAAGCAAAAUACCAGUUGAGACCACCUACUUUACGGAUGGGUCUUUCCUAAAUGGUACAGCACCUUAUGCGGUCAUAGAACAACAAGCCAACGGAUACUCCUAUAUGAAAGUGCGGCAAUCUCUUCUAACACCUCACGCCGGCAUUUUCAAUGCAGAAUUAGCAGCUAUAAAAUUUGCGGUUCGUCAUGCAUCGAGCAAAAAGAAACAUGCACUUAUUUGCUCGGAUAGCCUUAGCGUGGUGAAAUCACUACAACACGACGGUGAAUCACGAAGAUUCCUUCUAGACGGAGUCACACUCAAUUCGCGCAUAACGAUCCUAUGGAUCCCAGCACACGUCGGUAUAGUUGGCAAUGAAUUAGCGGACGAAGCAGCCAAGGAAGCUAUAAAAAUGCCUCUUAUAAUGGAAGUUCCAUGUUUAAGCGCAAUCAUUAAAAAUUUCCACAAAGUAGAAGCUGCAAACAUAAAAAAUACUGUGUGGCAGACAUCAAGCACUUUUUUUAAAAACACACAACGCACAACUUAAAAGACCACACUAUAACGAAAACUUCACUAGGGACGACUGUAUUAAAAUAGCACGAAUGAGAGUCGGUGUAACUAACUUCAGUACCAGGCACCAUUUUAGCGGCGGCAGAUCACCAGAAUGCACCCAAUGUUGGACGACUCUAACUGUUCUCAAGGAUUGCGCCAUCUCAGGAAGUCACGCUAACCUCGAACAAACACUCGACUGCAGUAAUGAAAACACCAUAAAGUUCAUCAACGAAGCCUUAAAAAAACACAACCUCCUAUACGAAGUAUAACUUUAAGAAGAGCACAACAACUCGGGAGCAACAUGGCCU